GUGGCUAUCACGAAAAGAGAGGAGGAAUCAGUAGGUGGGCCGGGCCUGCGGGAAAGUGGAGCCCUGGAGAGGGCUGACUGCGGGCACUCUAGUUCAUUUUGCUCCAUCGUCGUGCAUAGCUUGGUCUCUACUUUACGGUGACUGCCCCUGGCUCCCCCAACACCGCUGUGCUGUGCUGCUCCGUGACCCCUUGAGCACUUAGUCAAGGAACACGGAAUAAGUGCCUGCAUGCCCAGCUGGAUUCCGGAUCAAUUAGAACCGGCCUCUGCUCUCCAGGACCUCAGAGAAUUGCAGCGUAGUGUAAUAAGUACAUUACUACGGGGGCCACCUAGGAGCAGCACUUAGCAUGAUUUGCAUGUAUAGAGGAUGAGAGGAAGUAGCGCUAGCUCUGGUUGUGUUGCUAAGAGCCCCAAAGACAAAGAAGUCACAGCAGGAGCCCAACGGCAGCCUCCUUCAGGCAGUCAGGCACUAGUGCCCAACUCCAGAAGUCCCCUACAGGCAGAGAGGGUGUGGACAUCUCACACCCCAGCACCAGACCACAGAACCAUGAGCCAGGACACCAAAGUGAAGACAACAGAGUCCAGUCCCCCAGCCCCAUCCAAGGCCAGGAAGUCGCUGCCUGUCCUGGACCCAUCUGGGGAUUACUACUACUGGUGGCUGAACACAAUGGUCUUCCCAGUCAUGUAUAACCUCAUCAUCCUCGUGUGCAGAGCCUGCUUCCCCGACUUGCAGCACAGUUAUCUGGUGGCCUGGUUGGUGCUGGACUACACGAGUGACCUGCUAUACCUACUAGACAUGGUGGUGCGCUUCCACACAGGAUUCUUGGAACAGGGCAUCCUGGUGGUGGACAAGGGUAGGAUCUCGAGUCGCUACGUUCGCACCUGGAGUUUCUUCUUGGACCUGGCUUCCCUGAUGCCCACAGACGUGGUCUACGUGCGGCUGGGCCCGCACACACCCACCCUGAGGCUGAACCGCUUUCUCCGCGCGCCCCGCCUCUUCGAGGCCUUCGACCGCACAGAGACCCGCACAGCUUACCCAAAUGCCUUUCGCAUUGCCAAGCUGAUGCUUUACAUUUUUGUCGUCAUCCAUUGGAACAGCUGCCUAUACUUUGCCCUAUCCCGGUACCUGGGCUUCGGGCGUGACGCAUGGGUGUACCCGGACCCCGCGCAGCCUGGCUUUGAGCGCCUGCGGCGCCAGUACCUCUAUAGCUUUUACUUCUCCACGCUGAUACUGACUACAGUGGGCGAUACACCGCCGCCAGCCAGGGAAGAGGAGUACCUCUUCAUGGUGGGCGACUUCCUGCUGGCCGUCAUGGGUUUCGCCACCAUCAUGGGUAGCAUGAGCUCUGUCAUCUACAACAUGAACACUGCAGAUGCGGCUUUCUACCCAGAUCAUGCACUGGUGAAGAAGUACAUGAAGCUGCAGCACGUCAACCGCAAGCUGGAGCGGCGAGUUAUUGACUGGUAUCAGCACCUGCAGAUCAACAAGAAGAUGACCAACGAGGUAGCCAUCUUACAGCACUUGCCUGAGCGGCUGCGGGCAGAAGUGGCUGUUUCUGUGCACCUGUCCACUCUGAGCCGGGUGCAGAUCUUUCAGAACUGUGAGGCCAGCCUGCUGGAGGAGCUGGUGCUGAAGCUGCAGCCCCAGACCUACUCACCAGGUGAAUAUGUAUGCCGCAAAGGAGACAUUGGCCGAGAGAUGUACAUCAUCCGAGAGGGUCAACUGGCCGUGGUGGCAGAUGAUGGUAUCACACAGUAUGCUGUGCUCGGUGCAGGGCUCUACUUUGGGGAGAUCAGCAUCAUCAACAUCAAAGGGAACAUGUCUGGGAACCGCCGCACAGCCAACAUCAAGAGCUUAGGUUAUUCAGACCUAUUCUGCCUGAGCAAGGAGGACCUGCGGGAGGUGCUGAGCGAGUAUCCACAAGCACAGACCAUCAUGGAGGAGAAAGGACGUGAGAUCCUGCUGAAAAUGAACAAGUUGGACGUGAAUGCUGAGGCAGCUGAGAUCGCCCUGCAGGAGGCCACAGAGUCCCGGCUACGAGGCCUAGACCAGCAGCUGGAUGAUCUACAGACCAAGUUUGCUCGCCUCCUGGCUGAGCUGGAGUCCAGCGCACUUAAGAUUGCUUACCGCAUUGAACGGCUGGAGUGGCAGACUCGAGAGUGGCCGAUGCCCGAGGACCUGGCUGAGGCUGAUGACGAGGGUGAGCCUGAGGAGGGAACUUCCAAAGAUGAAGAGGGCAGGGCCAGCCAGGAGGGACCCCCAGGUCCAGAGUGACCCCAACCCCAUCCCCAGGAUUCCCACCUCCUAGUGAAUCCAGAGUUGUAGUAAAGCCUGACUGCUGCAACUCUGUCAUCCUGUCUGCAAGAUCACAGACACAGGAGCGAAUUGGUCUGUAGAUGCCCAGCUAGAGAUAUAGGAGUAUAGCGCACAUUCAGCCCCCACUUACCAGUACACACACACACACACACACACACACACACACACACACACACACAUUUGCUCAUAGACCUGUUGGCCCCAAGACUGUGCAUUCCAUCUAAAAUGCUCUGGAAUUUCCAUUCUCAGAGCACACAGCACACAUGCUUUCUCACAAGCACCGAUGUAUCUUACACCCACAUAGUAUAUACACAUUCAGUCAUGCACCUCCUAAACACACAUAUGCUGACAGUCAUACACUGAUAGACACAGAUGCCCUUCACAGGUGUGCACACACUUGUGAAAACACAAAAGCACACCCUGAGCCCUCUAGGUCUAAGAUGUCUUUUGAAUGUUUCCCAUAUGGGCGAUUCACAAGUAUACCCUGAAAGUUGCACUUCAAUAAAGUAUUUGCCUCCUCCCUAAGCAUUUAUGGGGCUGGAAAGAAAAGGCAAAGUCAAUGGUGGGCCAGGAUGGAUUCUGUCUGAAUUCUGAAGUCUGAAGCCUGAAUUCUGAGUCAAAGAGGUGAUGAACAUGAACUGUGUAGUAGCUAGUGGGUUAGAGUCAGAGACGAGGUACCUGAAGAAUAGAGAAUCAAUACUCAGCCUAGGCAAAGCAGGCUCUCACAUCACACUGCUGUAAGAGUGCCCAUGCACACUGGCCUUUGCAUCCCACACCGGAGCAUAUGUUCUCGAUUUAUAAGCUCUGAGGGGUUUCAUCUAGUUAAAUGGGCCAGAGCAGAUACUUCUUCUUUUUCUUCCCUCUGGCCAGCCCUGGAGCCUGGAUCCAGGGCUUCCCUGUGUUCAGGGCUGAUUCCAAGAGGAGAAUAAUUCCAUUCUCCCAACAGAAAGAGGGUGAAUAGUUCCAACAGGACCGUUCACCUGGCCCAGCCCUACCAUGACAGUUGUUGGAACUGGUGUUGGUGCUGGUGGAAAUCCAGCCCUUCUUCUUUGCACAGUAUUCCAAAAUAUAGGGGAGAGUAGAAACUAGGUGCAAUGGAAUAUUACGGUCAGAGGCAAUUAGAGAUGAGGGUGUUGGGAAUUUUGGAGUUAAAUCUGGUGUACUUGGAAGGAGGUCUGCACUUGGGGCAGGAAAGAUAUCAUAGGUUCUAUGGGGAGGAGUCUGGUAUCAUGUCUGAACCAGAUUCACCCUGAGUCACCACUGCAGCUCCUCCAGGGCCUGGCCAGUCUUGAAGUCUGAGCUAUGCCAGGUAGUAGUUUAAAAGGUAUCCAGGAUUUAACUUAUAGAUAUAACUGAGUGAUGUGUCUCUACUCUCAGGGGAGAUUAUGAGGGUAAUCACACUUUAAAUCAUCUUAAAAUAUAUAGUUUUUUUGUGAUAUGUCCUUCUCACAAAAUAUAAGAUCCACAAGACCAACA